AAAGCGAAAACGCUUCCGGCCAGCUCAGCGCGUCAGCCUGUGGUGUUGUCAGUUUCCAGGCUGUCAGGCAAAGGUAGCUGUUACCUGUGUGCUUUAUUGGGUCGAGGAGAACAGGGCCGAACCUCGAGACGACAUGGUGCUGUUGACGAUGAUAGCUCGGUUGGCCGACGGUCUCCCACUGGCCGCUUCAAUGCAGGAGGACGAGCAGUUGGGUCGAGACAUCCAGCAAUAUCAGAGUCAAGCCAAGCAGCUCUUCAGGAAACUCAAUGAGCAGAGUCCAACCCGCUGCACACUGGAGGCUGGCUCAGUCACUUUCCAUUAUUGUAUAGAGAAAGGUGUGUGUUACCUGGUGUUAUGUGAGGCCAGUUUCCCUAAGAAGCUAGCUUUUGCUUACCUUGAAGACCUGCAGGCAGAGUUUCACGAGCAACAUGGAAAAAGGGUUCCCACUGUGUCCAGACCUUACGCCUUUAUUGAAUUUGACUCUUACAUCCAGAAAACCAAAAAGUCUUACAUCGACAGCCGAGCACGAAGAAAUCUGGGAAGCAUCAACACAGAGCUCCAGGAUGUUCAGAGAAUUAUGGUGGCUAACAUAGAAGAGGUUCUACAGCGAGGAGAGGCCCUUUCUGCUCUGGACUCCAAGGCCAUUAACUUGUCAUCCUUGUCAAAGAAGUACAGAAGUGAUGCCAAGUAUCUAAACACCCGCUCUACUUAUGCCAAGCUUGCGGCUGGUGGUGUCUUUUUCAUCAUGCUCAUUGUGUAUGUACGCUUCUGGUGGCUCUGAGAGAGAAACUCAAGAAGAGGAAAAGGAGUAUCAAAGCAAACUGAGCUACACCGAAUCUGUAGACAUUAAAAGCCACCACUUACAAACUAAAACCAGGAUCCCUGCUCUAAAUAAGACUUUACUAGCGAGUUUGUUUUUGACUCUCAACAAAAGUGUGCUUUCGAUACAAAUGAAGUUUUAUUAUUACAGGUGGAACUUAAAAUCUUAAAAUGCAAAGCAAAGAUGAAUGAAGAUGUGUGUGGAUUUCUCUUAAUCUGUGAUGGAAAUGGAAGUGUACACACCUUUCUUGUUUAGAAAUCUGCACAGUACAAUGACAGGUUUUGUCAGAAGACUUCAUGACUGAUCUGCCUAAAGGCUGGUUCAUGCACAUAAUAAAGUAUGUGUAAUUAUAUAACUCACAUAGUAAAAAUCACCAUUAGAAUGACUCGAUAAUUUAAAAAAAUAUAUACUGAUUUUGUCAUUAUGCUCAAAAAAUGUCAACGGCAACUAAUUUAAGAUUGUUUUUAUGUAUUUUCUGAUCCAGAUUCAGUUUUCCUAUGUUGUUAAUUAAUCUGUUUUUGGCCAUAUUGUUCUUUAUCUUUAUGCUGCCCUUCAACUAAUCUUGAAAGUGCAUGUCUUGAAAAUAAUAAAUGCCCAAUUCUGUUUACUUAUAUUGUAAGCUGUAUAAAUGAGUGGGGACAAUUUAAAGACUGUUAAAAACGGAGGAUGUGUAAAGGAAACAUUUUGUUCUUUCUCUUAUCAAAUAAUAAAAAUAAUUUGCUUCAAACUAUGA